UUGACAUGCUACGAGCUCUGUGAGAACGUAAGUAACACAAUUUAUUUCUAGCAAUUAAAUUCUUGUGUUAAUGUUUCAUAGACAUGGUAUAGCUUUGCUCACAAAUGUAUGUAAAUGUGUGGCUUAAUUUUGCUCUCUAGAUGAAUUGCACAAAUGUUUCCUCCAUCACUAACCAAACAUGUUCAGUGGACCCCCAGCCUGUCUCUAUCUCUGUGCUGAUUUGCCUGUUCCUCAUGCUUGGGUUUGUCCUGAACAUCUUCAGCUUGUGGGUCUUCAAGUACCGCACACCAGAGUGGAAGUCUGGAACGUUUCUUCAGUUCCACCUGGCCAUCAGCGACCUCAUUUUAUGUCCUCUGGCACCCUUUUUGACGGUUUACUUAUCACUGGGACACUGGCCUUUCGGACAUCUGAUGUGUCGGCUCAAGAUCGUCCUGUUGUUUAUCCACUUUUAUGGCAGUAUUGUUUUUCUCACCCUCAUAAGCGUCCACCGUUACAUAUCUGUGGUUUACCACAGUCAGGAAUUCCGCAUGAAACAAAAGGACUUUGUAAAGAAGCUUUGUGUAGGAGUUUGGGCUUUCGUGCUGAUCAAUGGAGUGGUGUGUUGUCUGUUUCUGGGUACAAGCACAGUUGGGAAUCACACAUUGUGUUUCAGCAUCCACCAGGAUCAAUACACCACGGUGUAUUUUGCUUUCAAUUUCGCUCUACUCAUCCCUGGAUUCCUGAUCCCAUUCACGAUAUUGCUGGUGUGUUACGGCCGCUUGGCAAGAUCCGUGUCCAGCAUCAACAUCUACCAUCAGAAAGGCAAGCUCAUGAGGAGUAAGUCACGCAAAAUGAUGGCUGUUUGCUUGCUGAUAUUUGUACUGUGUUUUGCACCCAUUCAUGUGAUUCAAGCUGUAAUGGUGGUGGUCAAGAAAUUCUACCCCGGACACUACCGCCUGCUUUUGCAAUUAGAGACAUCGUACUACGCCUCCUGGAUCUUGUGUAUAGCCAACUGCUGUCUUGAUCCGCUGAUCUACUUCUUUGCCUCAAAUAACUUUUUGGCAACCUUCCGCAGCUCCCUGAGGAAAAUUGGAGUCAGGUUCCAGACGACUCGUGAGGAUAAUGAGCAUGACAGCCCACAGACCACACAUGUCUUCCCCACUCCUAGGGUGAUUAAGAGAAAAAUCAUUGACUCAUAACUUCUGUACCCUUAUAAUGGAACACAGCUUGUUACAGCUUUCACCUGGGAGUGUACCAUUUAAGGUGUAAGGUGUUCAUAAAAUCAGGUUUGAUCUUAAAUUUGCUCUUAUUUCUAAAAAUGAAACUUGGGGAUUUCUGAAAGCCGUAACUGAAAUAGUUGGUUUUCUUUUGGUGCCGGUGCACCAGCAUGCUUGUGCACUCUCACUUCUCAGGGGACUUUCAGACAAACCAGUGUUACAGAAGCAAGGGGGAGUGAACAAAUAUGUGAAAUUCCCAAAUGUAGAAAUGAUAGAAAGACAGAAACAAACACAGACAGAUAAAAUGAAAAUGAAAGAAUGCUAAAUGGAAAGGAAAG